AUGGUGGUGUGCAGACAGUUGGGCUGUGGUACAGCACUGAGCGCCCCUCUGUCGGCCCACUUUGGUGAAGGAAGCGGACCGAUCUGGCUUGAUGACGUUGCCUGUUCAGGAAGAGAGAGUUCUUUAACGGACUGUGGACACGGUGAAUUCGGCCAACAUGACUGUGAUCACAGUGAUGACGCUGGUGUGGUCUGUUCCGGCGAUGACAUCAGGUUAGCUGGGUCCAGGUCUACUCGAUGCUCUGGAAGGGUUGAAAUCUACCAUGACCAGACCUGGGGAACAGUCUGUGAUGACAGCUGGGACCUGAAUGAUGCAAACUUGGUGUGCAGACAGUUGGGCUGCGGCACAGCACUGAGUGCCCCUCGGUGGGCCCACUUUGGUGCAGGAAGCGGACCGAUCUGGCUCGAUGACGUUGCCUGUUCAAGAGAAGAGAGUUCUUUUUCUGACUGUGGACACGGUGGAUUCGGCCAACAUGACUGUGAUCACAGUGACGACGCCGGUGUGGUCUGUUCAGCUGCCUCUGCACCAAAUGUGGCGCCAACUGGAACAGCAUCUCAGUCAACAACAUAUAGUUAUCUGUCACCAAGAUUAGGAAGACUGUUAGUUGCUAAUGCUUCAUUAGCAAUUGAUGGGAAUAAAAAUCCAGAGCAUUAUGAUGGCUCCUGCACCCAUACAUCACAUGCAUACACCCACUGGUGGAGUUUGCUCCUGCCAGCUGUUUACAGGAUCACACACAUCAGCAUCACCAACAGAAUGCUCUUUACUCAACGCAUCAAUGAUGCUCAGAUCCUCAUCGGUACUUCCACAGAGAACAACGGCAACAACAACCCAAGAUGUGACGGUGUAUACGGCAUCAACCCUGGAGCUACAAGAACUUUCAACUGUGGAGGAAUGAUCGGUCAGAUGGUCACUGUGAAUCUCAAAGGAUCAAAUAGUGCGUUGUCAAUGUGUGAGUUGGAAGUGUAUGGAGGUAAGUGA